AUGCAGUGGUUUCAUGGUUGGCACGAUCGACCAUACGGGCUGAGCAAAGCCACUUGGCAGUGCUACUUUGCCUUUUUAGCUCUCCUUGCCGCCCAACAGAGCGGUGCUACGACUGAACCCGCGUUGAAGCGGGCCUUCGAGGAGGGAGGUAUUGCCCCAGGAGUCACGAUCACGGAUCAUAAUGAGGGCUUCUUCGGAGCCGUCCGAUCCGUCGCCGUGGGCCGAAGACUGGCUGUCACAAAAGCUGGAGGGGUAACCUGGGGCCCGGAGACAACCGAGGUUGGCGACAUGAUAUGCGUGAUAAAAGGCGCAAAGGUGCCUUUCGUUAUUCGCAAGGUUGGCGGCACGGAGAGCUCUUUUAACUUUAUUGGUGAAUGCUGCUGCCACGAGUUGGCCCACCUAGAAAUGGCCGAUGACGACACGGGCUGGACAACCAUUCGUCUAAUCUGA